AUGCUAUUUAUCACAUUUGUAAUAAUCUCAAUAUGUUUUGCAACUAUAACAUAUGAUAGUGACUAUUUUUAUGAGUGGAAUUAUGAUGCUGUACCAGGUUUUACAUGUUGGGGAGGGAGAAGUUUUGAUAAAACAAUAUCAUUUUCAGACUCAUUUGCAAAUAUUCCCAAAGUGUUCAUCACUUAUGAAUUAAUAGAUUUACAUUGGAGUUAAGAUUAUGAAACUAUAGGUUUUAAUUUUAGUAUUUCAGAUAUUACUUUAACAAGUAAAUAACUUAUUUUUUUAUAUUAGACUUUGCCAUACAUCUGAAUUGUUAAUAUGAAAGAAACUAUCGAUUCAGAAUAAGGUGGUUUGCUAUUGAUGAUUAAAGAAUUGAUGUUAUUAGUUAAUUUAAUCUAAUUCCACCUUAGAAUUGUAGUUAUUAUUAUGCUAAUAUUAAUGUUGAGAAACACUUCAUUACAAUUACAAGUUUUAGUGCUACAGGACCAACAGAUAUUUAAUUAUUAGUAAAUUCUUAUUUAAAUAUAGGUUUACUUUACACCUCCAAAUAUAGUUACAUUAUAUAUUCCAUAUGUUAUAGGAAGAUCAGAAAAUUUGAAAUCUAUUGGAUUUUAAUUAAUUUUAGGAAUUGAUGAAGCAUUCACUAAAUCUUAAGCUAUUUUAUCAGUUUCAAAUUAUGAUUCUUUAGUAUAUGAUCCAAUUUAAUCAAAUCAAGUUGAGUUAUAUCCAUUUUCAGGAUUGGCUUAUUUGGAUGAACAUUUAUUUCAAUUAGUGGUAGUCAUCAAUGAUAAUGGUGUUGGUACAAAAUAUAUAAUACGUGAUUGUAUAGUAAUAAAAAUAUAGAUUUUAAGGGGGAGCUGGUUAUACUGCUAAUUAUCAUUAGAAAGUUCGAGUGUUGAAAUACUAAACCAAAUUAUUUUAACCAAUACUUUGCAAUUUUAUUAGAUUUUCUUAGAAACUUGAAUAUAGAGGUUUACCUCGACCUAUGUUUUCAAUAGAAUUUACUAUUGAUUCAUAAGUUUAUACAUCUAGUGGAUAAAUUCUCAUAAGCAAAUCUAUAUAAAACAUAGAAUUAUAUAUAAAUUGUAAUUGUAUCAAUGGUAAAAAAAUAAUAAGUAAAUUUUUUAAAUGUGAAAAUUGUCCUAUAAACAAAAAUAGUUAUUAAUUUUAACAUUCUUGUUAUGGUGCAAUUAAUUUAUUAUUUAUUAAUGCAAGAUUUAUUAUAUAAACAAAUGCUAUUUAAUAAUUAUAAAUUGAUAUCACUCCUCAAAGUUGUAAAAUUACAUAAUUAAUAUUCAAUUAAUAAAUAUAAACUUUUGUAAUUGUAGAUAUAUAAAUGAUUGAUAAUUGA